CCCAUCAAAGCAGCCAUCUCUCUCCUUCACAUUCCAUUUUCUCACUUCUCCAAAAAGCUCUGCACUCUCUCAAACAGAAUGUUCAUGGGGAAAAUGAGUCCUUUGGGAAUUUUCAUGUUGUGUUUCACUGCAAUGGCCUCUUCUGUUCAUGGAUAUGACGCUGGAUGGAUCAACGCUCAUGCCACUUUCUAUGGUGGAAGUGAUGCUUCGGGAACUAUGGGUGGAGCUUGUGGGUAUGGUAACCUCUACAGCCAAGGAUACGGGACAAACACUGCUGCCUUAAGUACCGCACUGUUCAACAACGGUCUUAGCUGCGGCGCGUGUUUCGAGAUCCGGUGUCAGAGCGACGGCGCGUGGUGUUUACCUGGUGCUAUUGUCGUCACAGCCACCAACUUCUGUCCUCCCAACAACGCUCUCCCUAAUAACGCUGGUGGUUGGUGUAACCCUCCUCUACGCCAUUUUGAUCUCUCUCAGCCUAUCUUCCAACGCAUUGCUCAUUACAAAGCUGGUGUUGUCCCUGUUUCUUACAGAAGGGUUCCGUGUAAGAGAAGAGGAGGAAUAAGAUUCACAAUCAAUGGUCACUCUUACUUUAACCUUGUCUUGGUUACUAACGUUGGAGGCGCUGGAGAUGUUCACUCUGUUGCGGUUAAAGGUUCGAGAACAAGGUGGCAGCAAAUGUCAAGGAACUGGGGACAAAACUGGCAAAGCAACAAUCUUCUUAAUGGUCAAGCGUUAUCCUUUAAGGUUACGGCUAGUGAUGGUAGAAUUGUCGUGUCUAACAACGUUGCUCCUGCUAGUUGGUCCUUUGGACAAACUUUCACCGGCCGUCAGUUCCGUUGAAAGUGUGUCUAGUUCGGUCUAAUAUAGUUUAGGGUUUGUGGUAGUGUCGUGGGGAGAGAAAAGGAGGGUUUGUGGCUUUUUAGGGUUUUAUUUUAAGAGCCAUUAAACUUCUUUCAUCUCUGGGGGUAUAAUGGAGAAGAGGGCUUAUUUUAAGGGCUCUUAUAGUCAUUUUAAGGGUUAGGGUUUUAGUUAGUAGAGUGCUGUGUGCAUCUUUUAGCAAAGGGACCUCAUGUUUCACCGAUGGUUUCCUUUGUUUUAUCACUUUUUAUUGUCUUUUUUUUAAGCUUCUGUCUUUUGGUUUAAACCGGUUAUAAAGCAGAAGUGGCUAGGGGCUGAGAUGGUAUUUCACCACCCGCCAUGUUUUUUUCUUUCUUGGGUUGUUUUUAUGUUAUGCAGUUGUAAUGAAAAUGCUGAGUAUGAUCAGCCUGUUAAGUGUUUUGUUAACUGAGUAUGAACAUUAUGUGUGUUUUGUGUGA